AUGGCCCUCAGACGACCUCAUCGCAAGUCCCGUCAUGGCUGCCUGGAGUGCAAGCGAAGACGUGUCAAGUGCGACGAGGCUCGGCCAGUAUGUACAAACUGCUCCAAACGCCAUGCUGAAUGUGAAUACGAAACCACCAGCUCAUUACGCUGGACAAAUGAAGAGUCACAGUCGCGUCAAACAUAUUCCGUACCAACCCCUGAGGGAUCUCCACCAGAUCCUACGUUGACGGCAGCGAACUCGUUAGGGAUUGUGGGCAGGCUAGGUGAGCACAACGAGGCAGUUUCAUCCGGCAGUCUCAAUCUCACCGACUUGGAGCUUAUGAUGCAGUGGUGCAAUUCGACGUACCAGGUUCUUUCUCGGAAUGAGAGCACUGAUCACGUCUGGCGGUGCUUAGUUCCUGAGGAAGCAGUAUCGCAUCCAUUUCUCAUGCAUGGUAUUCUGGCUCUCUCUGCGCUCCAUCUGGCGCGGACACGGAAUGACCAUCGCCGGCCGAUAUACAGUAGCUUGGCGGUUGCGCACCAGAAUCAAGCACUAGCACUGUUCCGUGAGUUACUUGGCGAUAUUAAUGACACGAAUGCAAAGGCCAUGUUCUCAUUUGCGAGCUUGGUCGUGCUUUACACUUUCGGCUUCCCGCACGAACCAAACCCGAGCAAUCCGUGGGCCUGUAUCGAUGAUUUAUCGCAAAUUAUUGUCUUGAUACGUGGUGUGCAGCAGGUGAUCAACACAGCUUCCUUAUCUCUAAGGGAAAGCAAUUUCAAACCAUUGGUACGCCCAGGGGACUUCGAGCCCGUUUUACCAGAUGACGCCCGAUUAGCAUUUGGAGAGCUCCUUGAAGCCAACAAUGCCUGUGGCGCCCAGGACGAGACCCACGAUACAGAAAUUUACGAAGACACCAUUGACAAAUUAACAGAGGCAAUAGGCCUGCUUAAUGUGGACCACUCCAUGACCACUAUCGGCCGGUGGGCAAUUAGACUCAAGCCGACAUACGUGAAUAUGGUACGGGAGCAUGCACCGUUGGCUUUGGUCAUUCUUGCAUACUACUGUGUGGUAAUGCAUUCUCUUCGUCAUCACUGGUGUCUUGACGAUUGGAGCGUCAGGGUCUCCAGAGCAAUCUGGGUGGUGUUGGAUGAUACAUGGAGGCCAUUGGUUCGGUGGCCGAUGACUGCUAUUUUUGGACAGAGCUUUUCAAAUGAAACGUGA